AUGAUUCGAAUUGAUCGAAAAGUGCUCGAUAUUGAAAAGGUACUCCAGAUGGGCAUGACCUUUCGCUGGCAUAAGAAUGAAGAUUCGUGGGAAGGGGUAAUUGGGAGGAACGCAUUCCGAUUGCAACAAGUUGAUGAAGGUAUAAAAUAUUCGCUCCUCAAUCUGACAGAGAAAAAUAAUGAUGCACUCAUUGAACAACAACUGCGCCAGUUUUUCGACUUGGACAGGGAUUACAAAAUUUCGAACGACGAUAAAAACAUGCUUGAAGCCAUCGCAACUUACGAUGGUAUUCGCCAGCUACAACUGGACCCAGUGGAGACACUAUUCAGCUUUAUUUGCUCCAGCAACAACCACAUCUCAAGAAUAUCUUCCAUGAUGGUUUACCUUGGUAGAAAAGGGCCCCUUCUCGUUUGUGGUCCAGUUGACCUUCACCAAUUUCCUGAUAUUAAAACACUUGCUGCGCUAACAGAAAAAGAGCUACGAGAAGCCCAGUUCGGCUAUCGCGCAAAAUACAUCGUGAAAACUGCCCAAAUGAUUUUGGAGAACGGCGGCGAUGCCUGGGUAGAAGAGCUUCAAAAUCAGGACUACGAUGUGGCAGUGGAAAAGUUGAUGACUCUUUCUGGAAUUGGGCGAAAAGUAGCUGAUUGCAUCGUUUUAUACGGCCUGAAUAAGCGCCAGGCGAUUCCUCUCGACGUGCAUUUGAUACGAAUCGCGAACCGCGAUUACGGUUUGCGCGAAGCUGAGAAGGGCCUCACCCCGGCGCGAUACAACAGCAUUGUCGCGAGAUUGAGGGAAACUUGGGGCGAAGAUUCGGGGUACGUCCAGACGGUGCUUUUCUUUAAAGAAUUGCAGCUUGCGAAGGCGAAGAAAGGAGUAGGAAAGAGGAAGCCAAAGAAAGAAACGACAGACGUGAAGUUAGAGCAAGAAUCCCUCCCUAAAAGGGGCAGACAGUGUGCGAAGAAAUCCCCAGAGGAGAAGAAACUAAAGACAGAAGGAAGACGUAGAAAAUUCUUAAAAAUGGCGUUGCGGCAUAGAACAGACUCGAUCGCUAAGUACGAAGAAGCCCUGAGCGAAGUUAUGGACAAGAUCGCGCUCUCGUACGAAGACUUGAAUGCAAUCAAAGAAAAAGUGAAGGGAGAUGUGAAAGCGAAGCUCGAGAAAGAUCAAAGCGGUGUUGGACGAAUGUUAAACUCAUAUGUAGCCAAGAUUCCAAAUGGGUCCGAGAAGGGCGAAUAUAUUGUUCUGGAUUUCGGUGGACGAUUCUUCAGAGUUGUUUAUGUACGUCUGAACCAAGCAAACUCAGCAGAUGCAGACUUUUCCGUGGCCCCAAAAGGCUCUGGAACAAAACUUGGCAACGAUGAAGCAGUAUUUAUGGAAAGCAAGAUCUAUCCACUAAGAAAGAAUCAGACCAAAGGUUCAGAAGAGCUUUUUAAACUUAUAGCAAAGAGCUGUGCUGACUUUUGUAGUCGCUUCAGGCUAGAAGAAAACCCCAUCGAUAUUGUUCUUGUGAAUUCGUUUCCCUGCCGCCAUGAAAGCAUUAAUAAAGCAACUCUUAUCCGAUGGAACAAGGGACUGCAUCCAAGCGACGGAAUCGGAUUGGACGUUUCUGAGCUUCUUCAAAACGCGAUCAGUGAUGCAGGCUUACCGCACAAAGUUGUCGCCAUUGUGAACGACACCGUUGCCUGCCUCUUUACUGGUGUUAGCGAAGAAGUCAACACUAAACUUGGUCUGAUUAUUGGAACUGGCUUCAACUUGUCCUUCUUGCGGACUGAAGAGCAGACACAAGCUGUUAAUGCUGAAAUGGGCAGUUUCGGUGACGAUGGCGAGCUAGACGAGUAUCUAACGAGCUUCGACAAGGAUAUCGUCAACGCUGGUUAUAUGCCUAAUCCGGGGAAGCAAGUGAUCGAGAAGCUGGUUUCGGGAACUUACUUGCCAGAAAUCUUCAGAAUCAUGGUCAAGCACUUCGUCGACGAAGGACUUAUGUUUAACGGCGUUUCAUCCGACCAAAUUGACAGAGUGGGAGGAAUUCCAGGCAGUUUCCUUCCACAGAUUAUUAGAGCCGGCACCCAAGGCUUAAACCACGUGCAGGAUGUUUUGAUCAACAUCGACCUUUGUGGAAUGUACGCCGAUGCGGAAGCCUGUCUUUCUAUCGCAAAGAUGCUCACACAUAGAGCUGCUGGACUUGUCGCCGCUUGCCUCGCUGGAAUCAUCGAAGUCUCAAACUACUCAAAGCACAGUAUUAACAUUUGCGUAGACGGAUCGUUCUACAAAAGCCACCCAUUACUAGCUUCCUCUAUUCAAGAAAUGACCCAAGAGUUAUUAGAUGGGCACGAGCACCACAUCGGCCACAAGAUACAGGUGACGUUCCGAACAUCAUACGACGGCAGCGCGAAAGGCGCCGCUUUCCUCGCUGCUGCCAACGUCGCCGCAAAUCAAUAG